AUGGCCGUAAAGAGUCGUUGUACUUCCUCUUCCCCUCCGCAAAAUGAUCAAUGGUUUAAGGGCAAAUUGAUCGGUUCGGGAUCGUUCGGUAACGUUAAUCUCGCCAUCGACAGUGUCACCGGAGCGCUUUUUGCGGCGAAAUCUGCCAAAUCGGAAGCCGGAAUCUCCUCCCUCGAGCACGAGGCCGACAUUCUUUCGAACCUCGAUUCUCCGUACAUCGUCAAAUUCAUCGGGAAAGACGUACCCGUAUCGAAAACCGGUAACGGCGCCGACUACAACGUUUUCUUCGAGUACAUGGCCGGAGGAAGCUUGUCCGACGUCGUGCAAAACUUCGGCGGAAUGCUCGACGAGAGGCUUAUCCGUCUCUACACUCGCGGGAUCCUCCGAGGCCUCGAGUACCUCCACGGAAACGGGAUCGUACAUUGCGACAUCAAGUGCAAGAACGUGCUCGUCGCGGCGUCCGGCGCCGUAAAAUUGGCCGAUUUCGGAUGCGCCACGAGGCUAACAUCCGACGCGUCGAAAAUGCCGUCGUCCUUGUCGAAGCCUCGCGACGCCGGAACCGGGGGGACCCCUCUUUGGAUGGCCCCCGAGGUUUUGAGGAACGAAACGAUCGAUUUUUCCGCGGAUAUUUGGUCGGUGGGAUGCGCCGUCGUCGAAAUGGCGACAGGAAGGCCCCCUUGGGGGGGCGACGAGGCGAAUCCGACGGCUGCGAUGAUCAAGAUCGCGAAAGGGAACAACGUCCCCGAUUUCCCGCGGAAUUUUUCGCCCGAAGGAUUGGAUUUUUUGUCGAAAUGUCUCGAAAGGGAUCCGCGGAGCCGAUGGACGUGCCGGAAGCUUCUCGACCAUCCGUUUCUCGCCGAGAAAAAAAUUACGAAUGCGUUGGACGACGCAAGAUCGCCGACGAGCGUUUUGAACGGUCCGGAUUACGACGACGACGGAGAAGAAGAAGAUGAGUUUUUGAAGAGAAUAGAGGCAGUUAGAGGGAGGUGUGUUAUGGAGAUGAAAGGAGUUGUGAAAUGCGGAGAAAUUGCGACGGAAUUUGAUGAUAAGUGUAAUGAGGGUUGGGUCACUGUAAGAAGCCAUACUUGA